GUAUGUCACUGUCAGUCUUCCUUGUAACCCUCGUUGUUUUGAUAGUAGCAUUCGUAAAUUACAUAUUUUAAGCGGUUAUAAUAUAAUAAAGCCAAUGAUGUUCACAAUUUUAUGAUCAUUGUUUCGUAAACAGGAUAUUUAAAAUGUCAUCUAAACUACCAAAAGCAGCACUUAGUCUCAAGCAGUUUAUGCUACGCCAAGAAGUUUUGAAGCUAUACAGGGAUAUAUUUAGAACACUACGAUAUGUGUCUGACGAGUCGACGCGCCAAGAGUUGAAGGAAUGGGCCAGAACUGAUUUCAGGAAAAACAAACAUCAUACCGAUGAAGCCACUAUAAAAUCUAUGUUGUUUUACGGGAAAAAAUCGUUGCAGGAUUUAGAAAAAUCAUUAGCUCUAAGUAGAUCAUGAAAAUAAACUUUUGAUAUCAAAUUCCACAUUAGUCAGUACCAAACAAAGUAAACACGACUGCAUAAUUAUUUUACUUAGGGAAUUAUUUUGUUAAGAAAGUUGAAGAGCUAGAUGUUAUGAAAUAAAAAUAAUAUAUUUUAUUUAAAAGCAUUAUUUUAUUUA